AAAUGACUGCUCAAAUAGAUUUAUUGAAUACUCCCUAAAUAACAAAUGAAAUGUACGAGUGAGGAUCUGGGCCAUUAAACGAACAUUUAAACAUUUCAAAAACCAAAGUUCGAUGGUCAGCCUUUGAAUCCGGCCUCUUCAUGUAAGGUUGGCCGUCCUUAUGCAAAAUCGCUAAUCAGCUUUAGCGGCACCAUGGCGCUCAACACAAACAAGAACAUCCAGAUUCCUCCAUCCCCAAUUGGAACUUAAGCGGAUUCUCGAGGCAUACAGUUUUGAUUGAAGAACAUUUAUCUAUUCGUCACAUUGAGUAACAAUGGCAAAGCGCAAGAGGUUGAACAUUGUCUCAACCAAUAACUACUCAACAAUGCCACAAUCUGAGAGAACUGGAGAGUCAGAUUCAAGUCAACACCGCGAGCAGCAACAAAAUAUUGAAACAGAAUAUUCAGAUCCUCAACCAUCUAUUUCAGCCAAUACAAGCAGUUCACAACCACAACCAUCAGGCGUUUCAAAAAAAGUUCGAGGUCCAACCAAAAAGCUUAGCAUUUGGGAGCUAAAAAGUGACACAAGGAUAGCAGUUACUUUUAAUGAGAAGGUGCAGCCAAUAGGAGAAGGAAAAGAAUUGACACAGUUCUUAGGCACCCUUGUGAAAAUGCCAAGUCAUGUUGGAAUAAAUUUUGAUGAUUGGAGAGAUGUUGCACAUACAACUAAGGAAACUUUAUGGAGUAUUGUGAAGGAAAAAUUCAAAUUUCUACCGGCUGAAACUUUGGAUGUGAAGAAAUGGGUGAUUGCAAAUCUGGGAUCAAAGUGGAAGUCUUGGAAAAAUACCUUGAGAUCAAAAAAUUAUGAUCCAGUCCUAACUAUUGAUGAAAUGGUACAAAAAGAGAAAGAUAUGAGGGUAAAUAAAUCUCAAUUUACAGAACUUGUUAAGACUUGGAUGAAUCCAGAGUUUCAGGCAAUGUCUGAAAUAAAGAAAGAGAGUCGAUCAAAGAAUCAAGAGCCACACACUACUGGCUCAAAGUCUUUUGCUAGACUUGCUGAAGAAGAGGCUAUGACAAAUAAUGGUGUCCUCCCAACACGCGGGAAACUAUACAUUAAAACUCGAACUCGAAAAGAUGGCACUAUUGUCAAUUCUGCAGCAACUGCAGUUGUGGAAUCUCUUCAUCAUGUGAUGAAUGAGGAUGUGGAGACUCAAGAUUCUGAAGAGACUACUGAUUGGAGAAACGAUGACUUGGCCAAGGUUAAGGGACCUGAAAAAAGAGGGCGCAUUCGUUGUGUAGGAUUUACAAUCGUAAAGGAUAAACAAACUUCAUCCUCUCAACAAUCGCAAAUUCCUAUUCAAGACCCACAAGUGCCUAUCCUUCAAGCGCAAGUUUCUUCACUUUCAAGAAAAGUUGAUAUUCUGUUGGGUGCUUUCAAACACAACAUGACUUCUAGCCAACUUUGUGCAAUUCUCAACAGCUUGAAUAAUGAGGCUGUUAAUGAACCAACACCUACAAAUGAGCCAUCAUCAACUGGAAGUCAUCAGACUUAAGAAGUUAUUUGGAGAUCAAGCUUAUAGACAUAUAGUUGGUUUUAUUGGCAAUUUCAAUUUGUAACAAUUGUGAGCUUUAAGUUUUUUUUUUUUUGGACUUCUAUGGUGUAAAUUUAAGUAUGAAAGGAGUGUCUAGUUUUUGGAAAGAACUUUUGUUCUAUGGUACAUGUAAGUUCUACUUUUUCAUGUUUUGAAUUGUAACUCUUACUUCAUUGAAGUUUUUCAAAUAUUUUAAAGUUAGAUGCAAGUUUCUCUAUGGAAGUAGUAUUUAGUAUCCCA